AGUUAAAUUGGCAUGGUUCUUAUUAAAUCCAUUAAAAAAUGACUCCAGUAAAUUGUUAGCUGGUUGUUUAUUAAAAUUGACUUUUAUACAAAAUUCAUUAAUUAAUAGUCAAUGUCAUGCUGAAUAUAAAAUAACAAUACCUUUGCCAAUAUUAAGUUUGAAAGAAGAUGAUUUAUUCAUAAUGAAUGAACAAAUAUUAUUAAAUAAAAUUUAUCAAUGUGGUUUUAUGACUAAUUAUAAUUAUGGCUAUGGUCGUAAUAUUAUUUAUGAUUUUCAUGAAAUUGAAUUAUGGUUAAAGCAAAAACUGAAUAAAUGUAAAUUAAUCGAUACAGAAACAGUAAGACAAUUUGAUCUAUUUCAUUAUCAAUUUGAAACAUUUGAAUUUAUAGAAACAAAAAUAAUAUGUUUAAAAAAUAUUCCAAAAUUAUUAAAAAAUGAAAAUAUUUUUAAUAUUGAAUUAAAAUAUCUAAUUGAUUUAUAUGAAUUAAUGGAAGAAAUCGUAUUUGAUAACGAUAUGUAUGAGACAUUUAAAAACACAUCAAAAUUUUCAACAGAUAUUAAUCAAGAUAUUAUUCUAGAAGAAUUUGAUCGUGAAAUAAUUAAUAAUAAUGAGUUAACAUAUGAACCAUUAAAAACUAUUCAUAUUUGGAUAUCAACAUUAAAACGAUUAUUAUUAAGAAUAUUAUCAUCAAAACAAGAACAAUUAUAUGAUACUGCAUUAAAAGAAUAUUUAUGUCGACGAGAUUUAUGGGAUCAAAAUAUUGAUACGAAUGAAAUUGAAAAUUUAAACUUAACGGACACGAUAAAAACGAAACAUGCAUUUAUUAUUCUAGAAAAAUUAUUGAAUGAUCAAUCUAAGUUGAAUAACAAGAGUAGUAAGAAUUUUAGACAUUAA